GAUAGCGAUGAUUAUAUAUUUAUUUAGCCUACAAGGAUGACAGUUUGUCUGCUAUGAUGAUGAUCUAAAAUAUGUCCGUGGAUAAACGCUCAACAUCCGACCAUUGAUCCAGAUUCCAGACAAUGCAGAUCGUGCUGCAAUCUACACAGACAAGGAAUUCAGCGAGACAGGUGCAUUUCACUAAUAAACAUCAGACGGCUCUGGACUGCACAAUGAUCGGAUACCUGUUGAUGCAGCAGUGGGGGCUUCUGCAACGUCUUUCUAUGACAUGAUUCGAAAUGCUUUGAACCCAAAUUGCAGUGUCAAGGGAGAUAAUCUCGUAUUUUAUUGAAUUAGGCUAUAGAGACAGAAUGGGCACAAUAGUUGAGGAGACGUUCGUCUGUUGAAAUAUCUUUCUACCUGCACCUGCAUGUGAAUGACAGGUUACUACGAGACAGCAUGGACUAUCAGCCUGUCAUAUCUCUCUUGGACUGCCCACUGACACACUCACUCUUAGACCUCAUCCAAUACCUUUUGAAUAACGAUGCUUAUCCGAUUCCUUAGAAUCCCUCGGCCAAAAAUAGGCUGAUCCCUACUCCUUUUAUUUGGCUAAUUCCAUAGGAACCGGUGGAUCCAGUUAUAUUCUACGCUUUCUUUCUUUCUUUUUUUGUUCCUUUGUUUCUUUCAUUUAGUCUAAAAGCAAGUUAUAUCUUCCCCGACCUCAUUGUUGCUGUAAUAAAUACAAAAUCCAGUAACACACAGUCUAUAACUGUUGAAGUGCCCAUAUUUUGGCUAAUCAAGGUGUACUUCAUAGAAUAUUAUAGGAUACAUACUGUACAUAAAGGGAAGGUGCGUGCGGGCUGAGGUGAAAAAGUUGACGGGCUAGUUCAGCACAGAGGAAGUAACUACCAAAGCUACUUAUUGAGGAGUGUGCUGCCAUGUUCCUAAACUUUAUUCAGUUUGUAUGCAGGACAGGACCGUGGUAUAUUCAACUGAAGUUUUUAUUUUAGGUGUCCUACUUUUUAAAAAGAGGAGAGUAGACCCUACAUUAUUAAUUGUCUAUCAAAUACAUAUUAGACAACUGGGGGUUUUAAUUUGUAUUUUAGAACGAGGUGCGACUUCCAUUGACGAAGAUCACAGGGGAGACACUGAAAGCUCUCCCCCAACUAUGGAAACAGAGGCAACUGAUGUAUACUCUGCAAAUUCCCUCUGAUAGAACACACUGAUCAUCUGGAGUUUGACAACUCCUUGUUGCAGGUAACGGAGACUGCCCUCCCAGGAAGACAGAGAACUCUAGAAUGUUGGUGGACCUGUCGGCAAACACACCCAAUGGACAGCAGCUCCAGCAUCCUAAUUCACCCACUGAAAACACAAUCAAACAGGAAGAUGAGACAGAAGAUGAAGGGGACAGGAGGACCACAGCAGAGGACAUGGGCCAAAGCGGGGAAGAGGGAUCAGGUUUGGAGGAGCCCAUGAUUGACAGCCCAAACAACCUACAGGAUGGGGUCCCCGGGUCAGAAGGGUCAUGUGACCCAGGAACUCGGCUGCCCAAUGGUGAUAGGCCAUUCCAGUGUAACCAGUGUGGUGUGUCGUUCACUCAGAAGGGCAACCUGUUGAGACACAUUAAGCUGCACACGGGGGAGAAGCCCUUCAAAUGCCCCUUCUGCAGCUACGCCUGCCGCCGUCGUGACGCACUCACAGGCCACCUACGCACACACUCAGUGGGCAAACCACACAAGUGCAACUACUGUGGGCGGAGCUACAAACAGAGGAUUUCAUUGGAGGAGCAUAAAGAGCGUUGCCAUAACUACCUUCAGAGUGUUGCCAUGGAUCCCACCUCCAUCACCGGACCUUAUCCAGGUGAGGUCCCUAAAGAGCAGAGGCCCCUGGCCGAGGCUGUUGCCAUGGCAACCUUCGACCGCCCACCAGUCAUCGAGAGACUGCAGAGUAACAUGGGGAAGAGGAAGAGCACCACCCCACAAAAGUUUGUGGGUGAGAAGAUGAUGCGUUACAGUUACCCAGAGCUGAGCUAUGACAUGAGUCUGAAGUAUGAGAAGGAGGCAGAGCUGAUGCAGGCUCACAUGAUGGACCAGGCUAUCAACAACGCCAUAUCUUACCUGGGCUCUGACUCCCUGAGACCCCUGGUCCACCACCCCCAUCCACACGGUCCACACGGUCCACACCCAUCCCUCUCAAUGGCUGAGGUGGUAAACAUGGGCAACCCCCUCUUCCACCACGUCUACCCCCUGGAACCAGGGCCAGGGCACCGUAUGGACCGACCAAGCAGCCGGGACGCCCCACCUCAUCCUUCACCUCUGCACCCUCCUCUUCCUGACUUUACUCCCUCCUCCAACGGGCCCAUCGCCCUCACCAGACCCAAGCAGCACCAGCUCCAGGGUACCAGAGAGGAGAGAGAGUGUCCUAGCAACAGUGGGCUGGACUCGGCCGAAUCUGCACGGAGCAGCCCACAUGAGAGGCUGGGUUACUACAGGAACCACCGAAACAACCCCCACCCCCGACCCAGGUCCAGACCCAACCCAGCCAAUGGCGGGAGAGAGGAGGGGCAAGGUGGGGCUGAGGUAGCUGGGGUGGGGUUGACAGCGGAGGUGGCCCGGGGAGAGGCGGCAGAGACAAGUCGGGACGGGGUGCGUGUGUUUGGGCGAGAAGGCCGGGAGGUGAGGGUGUUCCAGUGUGAGCACUGCUGUGUUCUCUUCCUGGACCACGUUAUGUACACCAUCCACAUGGGCUGUCAUGGUUACAGGGACCCGCUGGAGUGCAACAUCUGUGGCCACCACAGUAAGGACCGCUACGAGUUCUCAUCUCACAUCGUCCGCGGGGAACACACCUUCCAGUAGAGGGCUGGACAAGACAGGAGCCGUCCCUCCCCAUCCCCACCCCAGGACUGUGAUGUUGAACUAACUGUGUGUGAUCAAUGCAGCGAACCAAGGCAGAGAAUACUAACUAACAUUUGCUGCAGCAUAAUGAUACUGACUUUAUAAUUCCAAACAAAUAUAUGAAGGUCUGGGCCAAAUACACAUUUUCAUUUUUUAAGGUGUUUUGAAGAUUUUAAAAUUGAGAUAUGCAUCUGAAGUGAGGGAUUUCUUUGUGUGGGAAAAAGAGCACAAAGAACAAGUACACCUAUUCAGUUUUGUUGUGGUCUGUCUCUGAGAUUGUCAAAGAGCAACUAAUACUGUGAGUAGUUAUAUUAUAGUUUUAUAAGUCGUUUCACUGUCCUUGUCUUGCAUACUGUAUUGUUGCACUUGUUUGCUGCAACACAGACUGCCAUGGAAGAGCUCAACUUGUCAAGGGGGCUUUCCCUGACUCCACCACCCAAACCAUUUCAUGCAAUACACAUCUUCUCUGUCUUAUGUCAAAAGCCUUGCUAACUGCAAACUGCUCAGACGUGUUGUCACACCAGCCACAUUAGAGAGGGAGAGAGAGAAGAGCGAGAGAGAGAGAGAGAGAGAGAACAAGAAAGAGAGAAAGAGAGAAAGAAAGAAAAUAAAAGAGAAAGAGAGAGAGACUUACUCAGACAUUGAUUUACUUUUCCAGACAUUGUAUACAAAUGUAUUAUUAAAGUUUUGUUCAUUACACUAGCUAACUAUCUGCUUUCCUUAGAACAGUUCCUUUAACCUUAUCAGUUCCACAACACUUCACAGAGGAAAGGAAAAGCACUGCAACCUGCCUCCCUAAACCUGUUCUUGCACUAGCAGCCUGAUGCCUUGAGGGAUGUGGAGGAAUGGAUGAGGCACUCCCUGGUUCAAUAGCAACUUCACAUAUCUUUCUCGCAACUUGCCUUUACUCCACUCAUGUGUCUUUAGUGAACAGGCUGCUUUCUGCAGAUUACAUGUCAGUGCAUGUUCUCCACUGUACUCCAGGGUUGGGAUCAAUACCAUUUCAAUUCAGUCAAUGAAAAAAAGCAAUGAGGAAAAUUGGCAUAGGAAUUUGGAAUUAACUUUUUUUGUUGAUAGAAUUAAAAUAGAAUUGAUCCGAACUUUGCUGUACAGUGGAUAUGAAUGAUGUGGAAAGCAUUUAGCCCAAUGCACUUUAAACUGAUAAACUGCUACUGUAAAGUAGACAGAAAGCAGUGUGGUUUAGAGUUUACUAAGAGCCUUUUUAGAAGGAUAAUGCCAAUGAAGGAAGAUGGCACUGAUUUGGAUCAAAUAUGAUAAUCUAGGUGCACUUGGACAAAUGCAUAAGACAAUAUACAUACUGCUUUUUAGAUAACUCAUAUUUUGCUGGCAAAAUAUGUAAUGUCGCUGUUGUUCUGUUUAUUUUGCAGCGUAUACCAUAUUUUGAAUUGACACUGUCUUUUGUCUUGAUAGUCUUUGGCCAUUGGAAUGGCCCUAUGUAUAUGGCCAGGAACAGUUCACUGUUCAAUUCAAACUUCUCCUCUCCUGCCUGGUCUAUGUAACCUUCCUGGUCAAAGUAGCAGCUUAUUUCUGUUUAGAUGACAGCGACGUGGACAAAUUAUAUAUCUACUCAUAUUGCAACAGACAUACGGUACUUCUAUUGCAACAGCUUAUUGUUACUGUAAAGUAUUGGCAAUAGUAUCUGUUUACACUUUUUAGUUGUUGUAGUAUCUCAUAUACUAUUGUACAUUGUACAUUCCCACACUGCAUUAUUCUUAUUAAAUGAGCGCCCCUAUUUUUGUAUUUAA